ACUCGAGAUCCAGUGUGGAACUCAAUUAUGACGUUACGUGUGACGAGGCAGUGCUGCUUGAAGUUCCUGAUCUUUGAUGAGAAUAAGAUUCGGAAGGAUGCGUUACUAGGAUCGGUGGAAUUCAAUUUGGCAACUGAGAACAUUGGCAGCGAGUCGCGGCCACCAUCAGUUUUCCCGCUGAAAGGGUGGACGACACAG